AUGUAUGUUAUUACCCCGCACGUCAGCAGUUCGAACCCCGUUAACAUCCGCCAGACAGAGAAGAUUAGUAAGGAUGACACGCAUAAUCAAACCCUCGCGGUUGUGGCCGUGUUCGUGGCCUGGGGCCUUGCCGUGAGGUGGGUGCCCGCCUUGCGCUGGGUGGGAUACGCAUUUGUCGCGGGCAUCCUUGUGGCCUUGGCUUGCCUGCUGGCGGUCUUGCUUUUGAGCUCGCGACGAUUAGCUGAGCGAACACGGCGAUCGAGAGGAGCAUUGUUCACGGGCCACGUUUCCUGGAAGAAGGAGGUUGCGGCCCUGCGUCAGCGCCAGACCUACGACCGACCCCAGCUCUUCGAAGAAUCGCCCAAGGUGACCAAUAGUAUCCAGCACGUCCUCGACCUCGUCACGCGUGACUUUAUACAGAGCUGGUAUGGACACAUCAGUCCGAACCCAACGUUCCCGAACGAAGUCAACAAAGCGAUUCGACACGCCCUGCUUAGCCUGCAAGCUUCGAUCCGUGACAAGGACCUGGCCGAGCUGAUCACGAGUUGUAUCGUGCCGAUCCUCACGACGCAUUUCCGAGACUUCUACGAUGCCGAGAAGGCGGUUCGAGGGCGCAAACUCAACAGAUCGGUGACAGAGUCAGAAGAGCUGGACCUGGCAAUUGCCUCAAAGUACAGGGAUGGGAGGCUACACCCGGCGGCGUCCUUGUCAUUCCCCGACACAAAGAUGGUGCAGCAAGAUCAUCUAAGGACGCUCGUUGCAAAGGUUGUGCCAGGCAUUCUUCCAUACUACAUGCUGUCUAGCCGGGCCGUGUUGACGCUGAUACGGGAAAUUGUGGGUUGCGCAGUUCUCUUCCCCGUCUUCCAGAUGCUGUCCGACCCGGAUACAUGGAACCAGAUUAUGGAAAACUACGGUCGUUCCAUGCUGCAGGAUAGGUCUACUGUUCGGAAACUCAGGGCGGCGCUCGACCAACACGCAUCGCCGAAUCCAAAGGCGGGCAAGCAGGCGCUGGCCCCGCGCAUCAAUCCAGGGGACGGUGAACGCAAGUUUGAAAAGUUCAUCCGCGCGAUACGCAAGGUGAACAAUCUUUCGGACGCACGCCGCUUCCGCAGCGAAGUGGCGAGUCAGCUGAAGAGAGAUUCGUUGCAGGACAAUCCGGACCCUGUCUAUGUGCGUCGGCUGGAAAUGGGGAAGCGACUUCUAGACCAAAAGGUCAAUAUUCUUGCGGCUGGAGGGGACAAGCGUACUGCGACCGCCAUGGCGCCGGCCGUACCUACGACGUCGCGACUUCAAGAUGCCUCGCUCGUUGAGCUUCUUCGGGACUCUUCUGGUCUGUCCUAUUUCAUGGAGUACAUGGACCGGCAAGGCUUGAUGUCAUUGGUGCAAUUCUGGCUCGUGGUCGACGGCUUUCGCAAUCCGCUGGAGGACGAAGGCCACGAUGACGAACAGCUGCCGCCGAACCUGCCCAUGUGGACAGAGUCCGACCGGCUCGAUUUGCAGCAAAUCCAACAAGCUUAUCUGUCCAAGCCAGAGCUCAAGGUUCCAGCGUCGUCCAAGCAGGAGGUGAAGGAUUUCCUGCGGGCAGGCAAGGCCGCAACGCCGACCCAGUAUCACCAGGCGCGACAAGCCAUUCUGAAGGCGCAGACAGCUGUACUAGACGAGAUGAAGAAUCGAUUUUUCCAAGCUUUCAAAAAGUCCGACUUGUUUUACAAGUGCCUCGCUGCGGAAGAGGCGGCGCAAGGCAAGUCUGCUGCGCCGGCACCAGCGCCUCCGGAGAACACGACGACUUCGUCUGCCCCGAGACCAGAGUACCGUGCUUCAGCAUCAUACCAAGCCAAGCCAAAGCCAAUUUCGAGGCUGGCAGCUCCGCCAACCAACAUGACACGACGCGCUGGAUCGACGUCUGACCUGCGAGCGCUGAACGCGGGUGGCAGCGGGCCCGAUGUGCCUGGUAGGAGGUCAUUGGAUGAGGGAGUUUCGACACCUCUGUUUGACGAUGGUGACUUGGAUCAUGACGGCAUGGCCGAUUCUGUCGCGAGUCUGGAACAAGGCGGGCAGCAAGGACCAGAUACUCAGGUCGUGCAGGCCAUGGAAGAAGCUCUCAGUAACAUCAUGGGCGACGACAGGCCACAGACUGCCCAAGACCUGCGAGAGUCUCUGUUUGGCGCGGAGGUUGAGGAUCAGAGAUCGGCAGGCUUCUCCAAUAACGACAACGACUCGCAUCGCGGCUCAAUCGAUUCGGCCCAGCCUGUGCUCAGCGGUGGGAAAGAGGCUGACAAGCCUAGUCUAUCUUCUCUCGGCCUCGUCAGUGCGGCGUCGCGGAUUGGCGUAUUUGUCGACGAUGACCUUUUUGCGGACGAGGAUAAGUACCUCCCGGCGGAAGAUGAUGGUGAAGAAGCAGCUGCGGGCGAAGAUGAAGAUGAGGUCCACGAGGCGGCGCCUGGGGAUCUUGGUCUGGCGGAGGCCAUUGCCGUUUUGACAGCUGAUAUCGACCGUCUGCAAACACAGGAAGCCAUUGUGGAAUCGUUGACGAGGAAGGCCGAGUUGACAAACAACACUGCCGAACUCCGCAUCUUGAGGAAAUCCAAGGCUAGUCUCCAACGAGAGAUUCGGCGAAAGGAGCUCCAGCGUUCCCAGUACACAGUCCAAGAGAGUGACAACAGUUUGUACGGCCGAUCGUCGAUUAAAAUCAACUCCAUCCAGGUCGGCAAAGACGAGGAGGGGAGAGAAUUCGCGCUCUACGUGAUUGAAGUGCAUCGGGAUGCAGGGGAGCAGAUGCCGGCAGCCUCGUGGGUUGUCACUCGACGAUACAGCGAGUUCCAUGAACUCCAUCAGAAGCUGCGAUCGCGGUAUCCGUCGGUGCGCAACCUCGACUUCCCCAGACGCCGCGUGGUGAUGAAGUUCCAGAGCGAGUUCUUGCGGAAGAGACGGCUGUCUCUGGAAAAGUUCAUGCGAGAGCUGCUGCUUCUGCCCGACGUGUGCCGCAGCCGUGAGUUGAGAGCGUUCCUCUCACAGAGCCCGCUCGCUCAAGCGCAGGACAUUAUGGAUCACGCAGACAAGAAGGACAUGAUGACACGAUUUUAUGACUCCGUCACGGACGGCGUGGAGGAUAUUCUUGGCAACAUUCCCGUGCUGGACCAGAUAUCGGUGGCAGGCCAAAACCUCCUAGCCGCAGCUACGAGUCAACUGAACUCGAUGCCAAUCAAUGUCCACGAGGAGACGUUCCCAGCAGCAGAGGCGGAGGCGGAGCUGAACGCAUUCGAGAAUAAAGAACUCGAGCCGUUUAUCAAGCCGAUCUGCGACAUUUUCUUGGAGGUCUUUGAACUGAACAAGGGCAAUAACUGGCUAAGAGGCCGUGCUGCCGUGGUGGUUCUCCAGCAGUUACUAGGUGGCACGAUUGAGCGCAAGGUGCGUGACAAUGUCAAGAUGCUGGUGCACGAGGACAGCAUCUUGCGCUACGUAGCCAUGGUGCAAGAAUCACUUUGGCCUGGCGGCGAGCUGAACCGAGAGCGCAAGCCACGCACAGCAGCGGAGAAGAAGAAGACGCGCACCGAGGCAAGCCUGAUGCUCGCGACAUUGGUGCCCGAUCUGGCUGGCAACGUGGUGGGCAGGGUGAACGCACAGGUAGCCAGUCGGCGCAUCUUUGCCACCUUGAACAACCCACGACUCAAGUAG